GCCUCCAGCCCUGUGGAAUUGGAUCCGAGGAGGAGCUGAAAAUGCAGAUUUAGCAUCAAGCACAGACAUACACUAGCUCUUUCUCUCGGGUACACAUAGCUCCGCACAUUCGCACCCCUGCCAGCCAGCCAGGCUGCGCGACUCCACGGCUUGCCUGGCAGCCAGCUGCUGGUGGACAGCGCACAGAUUUGCUGUUUGUCAAGCUUCUCUUUUGCCUCGUUUGCUAUAAAAAGAUUUUUAAAAAGAAAAACAGAAACAAAAACUACAUACCUAUUUUUUAUUUGCAUCUUCCCUCCUUGUCCCCUGCUCCACCCGCCUGCGCGCCUCGCAGCCCCACUUUUCACUCCCAAAGAAGGAUGGAGGGCGGUUGUGGAUCCCAGUGGAAAGCGGCUGGGCUCCUCUUCUGUGUCAUGGUUUUUGCGUCUGCUGAGAGACCCGUCUUCACGAAUCAUUUUCUUGUGGAGUUGCAUAAAGACGGAGAGGAAGAGGCUCGCCAAGUUGCAGCAGAACACGGCUUUGGAGUCCGAAAGCUCCCCUUUGCAGAAGGCCUGUAUCACUUUUAUCACAAUGGCCUUGCAAAGGCCAAAAGAAGACGCAGCCUACCCCACAAGCAGCAGCUGGAGAGAGACCCCAGGGUAAAGAUGGCCCUGCAACAAGAAGGAUUUGCCCGUAAAAAGAGAGGGUACAGGGACAUCAAUGAGAUUGACAUCAACAUGAAUGAUCCUCUUUUUACAAAGCAAUGGUACCUGUUCAACACUGGGCAAGCUGACGGCACUCCCGGGCUAGACUUGAACGUGGCCGAAGCCUGGGAGCUGGGAUACACGGGGAAAGGAGUGACCAUUGGAAUUAUGGACGAUGGAAUCGACUACCUCCACCCAGACCUGGCCUACAACUAUAACUCCGAUGCAAGUUAUGACUUCAGCAGCAAUGACCCCUAUCCCUACCCACGAUACACAGAUGACUGGUUCAACAGCCAUGGAACUAGGUGUGCGGGAGAAGUUUCUGCUGCAGCCAGCAACAAUAUCUGUGGAGUCGGCGUAGCAUACAACUCCAAGGUGGCAGGUAUCCGGAUGCUGGACCAGCCCUUUAUGACAGACAUCAUCGAGGCCUCCUCCAUCAGUCACAUGCCUCAAAUGAUAGACAUCUACAGUGCAAGCUGGGGCCCCACAGACAAUGGGAAGACAGUUGAUGGGCCCCGAGAGCUCACGCUCCAGGCCAUGGCUGAUGGUGUGAACAAGGGCCGUGGGGGCAAAGGCAGCAUCUAUGUGUGGGCCUCCGGGGAUGGCGGCAGCUACGAUGACUGCAAUUGUGAUGGUUAUGCUUCAAGCAUGUGGACGAUCUCCAUCAACUCAGCCAUCAACGAUGGCAGGACUGCCUUAUAUGAUGAGAGCUGUUCUUCCACGUUAGCAUCCACCUUCAGCAACGGAAGGAAGAGGAAUCCCGAGGCUGGUGUGGCCACCACAGACUUGUAUGGCAACUGUACUCUGAGACAUUCUGGGACAUCUGCAGCUGCUCCUGAAGCAGCUGGCGUGUUUGCAUUGGCAUUAGAGGCUAACCUGGAUCUGACCUGGAGAGACAUGCAACAUCUGACUGUGCUCACCUCCAAGCGGAACCAGCUUCACGAUGAGGUCCAUCAGUGGCGACGGAAUGGGGUUGGCCUGGAAUUUAAUCACCUCUUUGGCUACGGCGUCCUGGAUGCAGGUGCCAUGGUGAAAAUGGCUAAAGACUGGAAAACGGUCCCUGAGAGAUUCCAUUGCGUGGGAGGCUCCGUGCAGAACCCUGAGAAAAUACCACCCACUGGCAAGUUGGUACUGACCCUCCAAACAAAUGCAUGUGAGGGGAAAGAAAACUUCGUACGCUACCUUGAACAUGUCCAAGCUGUCAUCACAGUCAAUGCGACCAGGAGAGGAGACCUGAACAUCAACAUGACCUCCCCCAUGGGCACCAAGUCCAUUUUGCUGAGCCGGCGUCCAAGAGACGACGACUCCAAGGUGGGCUUUGACAAGUGGCCUUUCAUGACCACCCACACCUGGGGGGAGGAUGCCCGGGGGACCUGGACCCUGGAGCUGGGGUUUGUGGGCAGCGCACCACAGAAGGGAUUGCUGAAGGAAUGGACCCUGAUGUUACAUGGCACACAAAGUGCCCCAUACAUCGAUCAGGUGGUGAGGGAUUACCAGUCUAAGCUGGCCAUGUCCAAGAAACAAGAGCUGGAGGAGGAGCUGGAUGAAGCCGUGGAGAGGAGUCUGCAAAGUAUCCUGAGGAAGAACUAGGGCCAUGCUUCCAUCUCCGCCACCCCCUCCUUCCUGUCUCUGCCUUCUGUCCUUGCGCCAGCGUCCUGGCAGCCACCAGCCACCCAGCAAUUCCUGUUACCCCCACACAAGCGACCCCAGCCUGGUCUGCAGCCUUGCUCAGUGUCAAUGAUUCUUUUCACUACAAUGGAAGCAAUCGUUUUUAUUCUGUAGCCCAAAUAUAGCGUUCCUACCAACAUCUA